CGAUGGCAAGGUGACAACUGAAGUGACAGACAAUUCCCUGCUCAAGGAUGAACCAAUUCUUGAAAAGAAUUUCACCUCAAAUUUGGGCGUUUAUGAAAAGGCAGCUGUUUGUUCCGAUAAACCUGUAUGCAGUCAAAUUGGCAGCAACAUCUUGAAGGAUGGCGGUAGUGCUGUCGAUUCAGCAAUUGCCACCCUACUCUGUAACGGUAUUGUGACAAUGCACAGCAUGGGUAUUGGCGGUGGUAUGUUAAUGAAUAUUUACAUCAAAGAAGACAAGCAAGCCUAUUCGGUAGAUGGCCGUGAAGUGGCACCCUUUGCUGUGCAUGAUGAUAAAUUCAGCAACGUAGACAGUAAUGAUCUAUUGCAUGGUCCCCUAUCGAUUGCCGUGCCCGGUGAAUUGAUGGGCUAUCAUAGGGCCCAUGAGAAAUUUGGUAAAUUACCAUGGAAGAAAUUGGUGGAACCCUCACUGCAAAUCUGUAAAGAUGGUUUCUAUGUUACCAAACACCAGUACAAUGCCCUGGCCUAUAAGGAUAAGUACAUGAGGAAUAAUACGAUAUUGAAGAAAAUGUUCUAUAAUGAAACAACCAAUACCAUCCAUCCAAUUGGCACCCGUAUUCAACCCGCUGAGGAGUUAUGUAAUACCUAUAAACUAUUGGCCGAAAAUGGUCCAUAUGAUUUUUAUAAUGGCACAUUGGCCAAAAUGGUUGCCGAGGAUCUACGAGAUUUGGGAAGUUUGGUUGAUUUUGCCGAUUUGGAAAUCUAUCGUGCCGAUUUGGUUAGCUCCGUUACCAUGCAAUUGGGUGAUGAUAUUUUGUAUGCCAAUCCACCGAUUAGUAGUGGUACUGUCGUGGCCAAUAUUUUGAGUAUAUUGGAAGGUUUUAAUUUCUCAAGUAUUGAUGUGCAGGAUACUAAAAAUGAAGCCUUGACAAUACAUCGUAUUACCGAAGCCAUGAAAUUUGGUUUUGCCAAGCGAUGGGAAUUGGGAGAUGCCCGCUUCAAUGAUGUGAGAGAUUUGGUCAGCCGUUUAACAAAUCCCGAAACUGGCAACGAAAUGAGAAAGAAAAUCAACGAUAGCCACGUUUUAGAAAACAUUGCCGAAUAUGGUGCCCAAUUCUCUGGUGAAGAUGAUGUUGGAACUAGUGGUUUGGUAGUCCUAGCUCCCAAUGGUGAUGCUGUUUCAGUUACCAGUUCAGUUAAUGAUUACUUUGGUUCUGGUUUGGCUGGCAAGAGGACAGGCAUCAUAUUCAACAGUGCCAUGAAUGAUUUCUCAUUGCCCGGUAAAAGUAAUCUCUUUGCCUUACCACCAUCUCCAACCAAUUUUGUUGAUGCCCAAAAGCGUCCGCUGUCAUCGAUGUCGCCCAUGAUUUUGGCCGACAGGGAUGGCAAUGUAAAACUGCUUGUGAGUGCUGCUGGUGGUUCGAAAAUUAUCUCAGCCCUGGUUGAGGUUAUGGCUGGUGUUCUAUGGAUGGAUCAAGAUAUUAAACAGGCUAUUGAUAGGCCAAGAUAUCACAAUCAAUUGUCACCAAAUGUUUUGGAAUAUGAGAAGAGUGGACAUUUUACGGAGGAACUUGUAAAACUGCUCACCGAAAGAGGACAUCAGGUGAAACCCUUCAACUACACUGGAUCAGUGGUAUGUGGCAUUGUUAAAAAUGCUACAGCGAUUUAUGCAAAUGCCGAUUACCGUAAACAAGGCGGUGUUGUUGGCUUCUAAAUGAUACCAAAUACAAGAAA